AUGUCGGACGCAACCAAGACCAAUUUCAUCGCCGAGGACCACGUUGCACAACUAGAAAUCAUCAUUGCGGAAUAUGAACGCACAAUCAAGCUUCUAAAGGAACAAAGGCUGAUUCUUCAACGUCUGUCUAAGGCGCUCCAAAUUAUUUCCACUGAUCCCAAUCGCCACCACAAGUAUCGCCGUAUCCGGCAAACGGCUAAGUUCCUGUACCAAAAGGAGGACGACGUCGAGAUCAAACGUCGACAACGGACGCUUCGGGGACUAGAUUUUGGUUCGAUGGCUCUAUGUUUGUUUUCUUUGCAAGUCACUCAAAUACGUGGCUUAGAGAAGGCAUCCUUUGAUGCUCUUAUCACUGGACUUCCCAAGUUCGUCAAAGCCCAGCCUGAUCGACAUAAUCUCAUUAUUACGGGGAUUGGAGAGUACGUGCAAGAUACGAUAACCCAAUUCGAGCGCGGCUCUUCUGUUUUGAUUUAUCAGCCGCCAUCAAACAGCAUCACAGCAAAAACGGAAGAUAGGCCUGUGAAGCGCAUGAGAAUGGCCCUGACAUGCCGUCCUGACCCAACCCCCAUGGCAGAGAGCGUCCUUCCCAACCAACAAAACCAAAUACAUGCCGAACGAGUCAACCGUGCCGAGCUUGACUCCCAACCCGAGAAUCUAUUUCCGACCCCUUGGCAAGAUUCCAACAUGGCCUCUUCUGAAGGCGAGUGCCGAACCAAUGAUGCUUAUUGUCAGCCGGGUUGGUUUACGCGCGGCCUGGCGGGGGAUAUCCCCGUGUUGGAGGUAGACGAUGUCUCCGAGCAAACACUCAAUCAACCGCCAUCAUUCUUGCAAACCUGGUCCCCAAGUCAUUGGGACAGGGCUCUGUGUUAUUCUAGCUUGGGCAACGACUCCCCUAUCAGCUAG